GCAUUAUUGCAAUUUUUGACAAUCUUAUCUGUUAUGAAAUAGAUAUUUAACAUGACUAUUGACAUUGAAGCAGACAAGGACGAGGACCGUGAAGAAGGACAGAACUGUAAUAUUAUGGCGUCCUUGGCAGUACCCUCACAACAUCCACGGGCUAGAGAACGUGCUUCCAGUGUCUGUGAUUCAGACAUAGAUUUAAAUAUUAGAGUCAUCAGUUAUGAAGACACUGUUCGCAAGCUCGAUCACUACUAUGGCAUUGUCAAGCGACAACUACUACAGAACCAGAGCAUCACUCUUGGAAUCUUCCCGCUGGUCAGCCAGGAGACUGAAGUAGCUGAUAUGCGCACUUCUAUUUAUUGCUCGGCAUGUAUUUGGAGUCUCUUCCAGGCCUACAGGCGUAUAGAUGAUGAUCGUGGGAAGGCAUAUGAGCUAGGCCAGUCAUGUGUCAAGUGCAUGCGUGGGAUACUCACAUGCUGGAUGCGCCAGACUAAUCUUGUAGAAAACUUCAAGAAGGGCCAAAACCCUAAAUAUGCAUUACACUCCAAGUUUCAUCUGAUAACUGGAGAGGAAGUUAUAUCAUCUGAUAACUAUGGUCAUCUUCAAAUUGAUGUAGUAUCCCUCUACCUGCUGUUUCUGGUACAGAUGAUCAAUUCUGGACUACAAAUCAUAUACACAAUGGAUGAAGUGACAUUUGUUCAGAAUUUAGUAUACUAUGUGGAGAGAGCAUACCGUACCCCAGACUUUGGGAUGUGGGAACGUGGCAGCAAGUACAACAAUGGUACCCCUGAGCUGCAUGCAAGUUCCAUUGGAAUGGCCAAAGCAGCACUCGAAGCUAUCAAUGGUUGUAACCUUUUUGGAGAGAAAGGUGCAUCAUGGUCCGUCAUCUUUGUUGAUAUUGAUGCACACAACCGAAACCGUAGUAUCUUCGAAACAUUAUUACCAAGAGAAUCUAGCUCAAAGAAUGUGGAUGCAAGUCUACUGCCCACCAUAUCAUUCCCUGCUUUUGCAACUCAUGACCAGAUGUUGUACUCAAAAACUAGAUCACAGAUCAUUAACUCCUUGGAAGGCAAGUACGGGUUCAAGAGAUUUCACCGAGAUGGUUAUGGAACGGUUAUGGAAGACAAGAAAAGGAGGUUUUAUCACAGUGCAGAAACAAAGGAAUUUGAGAAGAUAGAAUGCCAGUGGCCCUUAUUCUACUUGUACAUGAUUUUAGAAGGCAUGUUCAAGAGUAAAGAAGAACAGGUGGAAGAGUACAAAAACAAACUAAAACCUCUUCUGAAGAGAGAUAAGUGGGGAGGUACUGGUGGCCGAUACUCUGCCUUCCAACGUUCAAGGUACUUUUUAAAGGGAACAGCAAGUGACUUGGUAGUACAAGUUGUCCUGAUCGCAGAGAGUAUGCGAUUGCAAGCAAUGAUGGCAACAUACGGUAUCCAGACCCAGACACCACAUGAGGUAGAGCCAGUGCAGAUUUGGCCGCCUAGAGAACUAGUUAAAGUUUACCAGAAUCUUGGCGUCAGCGAAAAAUUAGGUCUCCAGGGUCGUCCAACUCGACCCAUUGGUGCGUUAGGGACAAGCAAGAUAUAUCGUGUAUGUGGCCAGACAGUGCUGUGCUAUCCUCUGGUGUUCGAAGUUAGUGACUUUUACCUCUCUCAUGAUAUGGCUCUUCUUAUUGACGACAUUAAAACAGAACUGCACUUUGUUGGAAAAUAUUGGAGGUUAUCAGGUCGCCCAACAGUUUGCAUUCUCAUAAGGGAAGAGCAUAUGAGGGAUGUGCACUUUCGUGAGCUACUGGAUUUAUUAGCAAUGCUGAAGACUGGAUACUGCGACGGCCUCAAAAUUCGUACCGGCAGACUGCAAAACCUCAUUUCAUCCUCUUGCAUAGAGCAUCUGGACUUCAUGAGUACCAUGAAUAUUGACCUAGAUAUUACACCUUUUGAGCAGCUUCAACAUGCCAGUAUUGGGUAUCAGUCUCUCACAGAUGUUCCAACUGCCAUCACUUACUCUGAGGAUUCAAUGAGCUUUAAGGAUAUGGGAUUGCAACCUACUUCAGAAGUGCUUAAUGUGCUGAGAUCAGUUUCAACUCUACAUGGUCAGACUCAGCUGCUGGGAAUUCUUCUUCGUCGGGAAGGUCCAGACUUCCAGGUUGAUGGUGUUUCAGUAAACGACCGCCUAUGCGCCCUGCUCCGUCAAGCUUCCUCCCUUCGAUACUGGGCUGCUGUGCGAGAGUGUACGGCAUUACUCGCCAAGGAGGUGGAGUCAAUCUCACCUUACAUCACUACUGUAUUAGUUUCAGGAAAACAGUUAACAGCUGGUUAUGGCAAUGAUGAGAUACUUCUCGACAAACCAGUCCAACCUGCUGAAAUACACGAUCUUUUCUACACUCCAGCACUUCAGUCUCAUAAUGUGGUGCAGGCAGUUUUGCAGCAAGAAGUAGUUCUCUACUGUGGCAAACUUAUUGCUACACACACACAACUCUUCAACGGCAUUCUCAACAUAAGAAUUGGAUGGAUGAUCAAAGCUAUGACCUACUACUUACAUGAUGUGUGUAAGGUGAAGGAAACCAUCGAAUCACUGGCUCCAAAUGAAGUACGCCGAUUGGUUGUCAAGGUGCUCUCUCUAGACGAGUGGGCACACAAGGAGAAAUUAACUCCACAACAAAUUCGAGUCAUUGAUGGUUGUCUUGGGCGAACACCAAAGAGGUUUUAUGAAAAGGUAUUCAACAUUUUGUCAAAGACUACACAGGGGGUUCGUCUCUGUGAUCAGUUACUUCCACAGCAGCCUACCAUUUCUGAAAUGUCUUCUGGGGAAUUAAACUUUGCCCUUACUGUCCAGUCUCUACUCAACCGCAUCCAGCACCCUGAAUAUCGACAGAUUGUUGUUGAGGUUUUCUCAGUGGUAGCAACCAUCCUAGAGAGAAAUCCUGAACUUAAAUUCCCUCAUGAAUUGAAUUUAGACCAGAUUGUUAGAGAGGCUUUCAAAAUGUUUUUAAAGGAUUUGGGUAGAGAUUGGAAAGACGACAUGUCUUCCUUUUACAACGCUUCACAAGUUGCUGUGACAAGCUAUUUAGCGCGUGCUAUUGUUAACUUUAUGCUCUCAGGUGAUAUUCGUAGUGAGAUUGAAGAAGGUUCUACUUUCUGUCAAGUAUCAUAAGUGUCCAGCCAAGGAUUUCACGGCACCGUGUUGCUACACUUACUGCUGAAAUGGACCAACAGUUUAAUGGCAUCGCAGAAGCAACAAAUAUUGUGAAAGAAACAUUUGAGGAAAAAUUAUCAUGUCAUCCAAAAUAUCAAAGGUAUGUAGUCUGGCACUCCUGCAUAUACAUACACAAUAGCAUAUUACAGUCAUAGGUAUAAAAUUCAAAUUUUAUUUGUGUAUAUUUGACAUCAGAAUUUGGUUAUGUGAAUUGUAUGGAAGCAACCAACCAUUAGUCAUCCCUAGUACACCUGCCAUCCGACUUACGACCAUGUUUUGUAUGUAAAUGUUCUGGGAAAUAAACAACUGUGUUGUACACAGUGUUUCUCCUAAACCUUAUAGUAUAAAAUACAGUACUAACAGCAUAAAAAAUGAAAUACCAAAAUAAAAUCAUUACAUAAUAUGAUAUUCAGUAGUAAGGUUCAACUUGUGUCCGGUUAGUAGGAACCAAGCUUGGUCGUAAGUCAGAUGGUAGGUGGGUGUAUUUUAUAAAUUCAUCAAAUAUAAUUUUAAUUAUUUUUUAUUAACAUUUGAAUAGGUUUACUACAUUGAAAUACAAAGCCCAUGUGGGUUAAUCUUUGUAGACCAAGCUUAGAAGUUCCAGUGCCCAUAUUUUAUUGUAGUGCUUACCAGUAUAUCACAUUUGAUUUAAUGGCCUCAUAAGUUUUUUAAUAUUAGUAUCAAAAUGUAACCUGUUGCUCACAGAGUGCCAUGUCCGCCUCUACACUGAUAUCUUGGAUUUGAUCAUUUCUGCACAUUGUUACCAAGCUAGCUUUAAAUAAUUUUACACUGUUAGUGGCAAGUUUAUAUUUUUUCUGAGAUAGGUACUGUAUAAUUGUGGGAGUGUUACCAUAGAAUCUAAAGCUGCAGCCAGCAGGCUGGUUAUUUCUCAGAUAAAGAUUUUCUUGCCACAAAUAAUAUUGGUCAAUUACAAAGGUGAUUAAUAUACUGAGACAGUUGAAGAGAUGGUGUUCACUUCCUCAGACUUGACAGAAUUUAUUCAUUCCAUAACAUUGAUCAUAUGAACUGAACAACUGUCAAGGCUGAGGAAUUGAUUAUUUCUUCAACUCUCUUGUACAUUAGUCAACUCUGCAUUUGAGUGAAAAAGCAAAAACCUUAUAGAAAUAAUGCACAUAUUUUAUUCAUCUACUACUUGGUAUUGUAUGCCAUUAAUAUAUUUAGAGCCUUUUUUGUGUGUGUGUGUGAAUAUAAUUUUCUUAUAUGUUUAGGUGGUCAGUAUUGUUUACCUAAAAAAGUAUAGUUUAUUUCUAGUACAAUUGUUGAUAAAUUUUAUAUGCAGUAUCCAGAUGUGAAUUGUGUGGCGAAGUACGGCUGCGUGUUUAUAUUCUGGAGGUCAUUCAUUCAGCAUUUAAUUAUUCACAAAAAAGUGCUAAAUCAGCACUCUACAAAUAAAGGUACAGAAUUAUUUUGUGAAAUUUUAGCUGAAUAUUCUAGUCAUACAAUAGUGAUAUCCACAGGAUAUCUGUUGUUUACUACAUUUAAGUACAGUUUUUAUUAUUCUUUCUUAUGAAUUUGUUAUGUUAAAAAUGUCACUGGUAAUUAGAUCACUAAUUACACUGUUCUACAAAUUUUGAGCUUUGGAGAGAGAAAAAAGUUAUUUCACUUAAUGGUUUUUGGGGAGCACUAAAUAUGACCAAUAAUUGAUUGGCUAAAGGAAAUUUCAUUUUUUUUUUUAAACAGUUAUACAUUGUGGCUAUACGAAACUAUGGUUUAAAAACUAAGUGCGAGUUUGAAUAAAGAGCCUUUAUCCCUGUACAAUUCAUUUACCCCUCCCCUUCGAGGUCAGUUUAUAUCUUUAUACAUUAAGGCAUUUCUGUAUUCAGUGACAAGAUCAGUAGAGAACAAGUAUUAUUGCUGUAGACCAGGGUUCAGUGAAUCUUGACCUUAAAAUUUUGUAUGUAUGUAAAAAUCUUGAUCAUUUAAACUAAGUAUAUCACAGUGCCAAAAAAAUAGAUACCUACUGAAACUUUCCUGGGAAGGGAGGUAGCAAGAGAAUGAUAGUUAUUUUGCUUCCUUUUCCUAGCAGAUCCCCAUCUAUGCUAGAAAGUAUAGACUAGUGCUACAACCCAUGAAAGUUUAAAAUUGAUUAAAUGAGGUCCAGACUUACGCAAGUUGGUAAUCAGUUACUGUCAAGAACAGUGAAACUCAAGUUAUUGAUGUUUAUAUUUUAUUUGAGUAUCAUUGUUGUAAAGAUACAUUUCACAUUGUGGAAUGUCAUCAUCCCCUAUUUAAUAUGCACAAGUCCUUCCUUUAUGCAUUCAAUAUCAAAGAUUUUAUUGGGACUUUCAAGUAUUUUCUAGGAUAUGAGAACAAGUUAGCCAUGAACAUAGUUCAUAUCUUGAAAUUUGAUCCUACCGACUAUUCCAAAACAAGUAGUAGGUGCAAAUUCCCCGUUAUUAGAUAUUUAAGUAUCGAAAUAUUGAGUAUUUUAAUAAAUUCUAUUACUAAGUGACGGGUGCCUGUGUACAGAUCUAGUACGCUUGCAAAUAACAGCUGUAAUAGUGAUUCAAUAAUAAACAAUGAAGCCACGUACAUACAAGAGCUAGCCUUUUUGAAGCAUACGAGUCUCAAAUCUUAUAAGAGCAAUUACAUAGACUAUUUUGCAUUAAUAUCAAUAAACACUUGCUAAAUUGAAAAAAAAAAAAAAA